UCACGGGCAGCAAGUGGCAAGCGUUCGCUCGGCAAAACACCGGACGGACACACGGGCAAAGCGGCGGCACCGGCAUUUAACGUCAUCUCAUCAAAAGUCAAAGCUACACUUUUAACUAUUUGUGGCAUCAAUCAUAGUGGUGCGGCGGUCAGGUCAGUCUGCGUCCAGUUAGCGUUGGCCAAGCGGAAAACUACAAUUUGUUUUUUUUUGCUCCGUCACCGAACGGAAACGGAUGUUGUGUAGUGCUGUUAUCGAACAGUUAAACUACUAUAAAAAGUUAAGCAACAACAAAUUGAAACUAAAACUGAAAAAAGUGCAGAUCGAUUUUAAAUAAGUCUCAAUUGAGCCCGUUCCAAUGAUUGAAUGAUUGUUGUGCCGCGAAAUUUGCUCUUAAACUUCGGUGGUUUUAAAAGAUAUUCGCAGCCAGUAGCUGCAGUGUUGCACGACUCGACACUCUCGGCGUUGUACGCAUUUGACGGCUUUUGACGGAGCGUUUAUAUUUUUACGCGCAACUCUCGAAGUCGACGCUGGCUCGAAGUGGAAAUCAAAAAGCGCCGAACGACAUCGCCUCCAAUACAAUAUGAGUCCCCUUCUGGUCUUCUUCCUCUAUAUCAUUCAGUUGCAGGCAGCAAUUCGAAGUGAAAUUAUCGAAACUCCAAAUAUAAAUCUGAACACUAUUUCCGAAUCUGAAGACGACGAUAUACAAAGUAGUGACUCCAUAGAGCGAAAAAGCACCACCACCACCACUGUGGAUCCACUUGAUCUACCUUAUGUGAAGACUACUCGCGAUCAAACAGAAGUAGAGUUUCGUUAUCCGAUUGCAUCAUUGAACAUUGAUUACUCGAAGAAUUUAAUUAUAUUGAAAUUCCGCAAAUCUAAAGCCGAUGACGAAGAAGCGAGGCGUCGAAAAUCGCUCGAUGAAAAUUUUAUGCGCUUCGGACGCGCGAAUUCGGACUUCAUGCGCUUUGGUCGCGAUGCUGCCGAUUUUAUGCGCUUUGGGCGCAGUCCUUCGGAUUUCAUGCGCUUCGGCAAGCGAUCACUUGAACAGAUACCAAAAGUGAACAGCCUUGAUCAUGAGUACAAUUACGAUAAGGAUGCCGAUACGAGUCGCCGCUUUGAGCGCAGCCAGGAGGCUAUACGCGACUCGCGUGGCGACAAUUUCAUGCGAUUCGGGCGACCAGCUGAGGACUUUAUGCGCUUCGGACGCAGUAGCAGCAACGAUUUCUUACGUUUCGGACGUGCUUCUGGCGAUUUCAUGCGCUUCGGCCGAAAUCCCUCGGAUUUUAUGCGCUUUGGACGCGGCGGUUCUGAUGAUUUCAUGCGAUUCGGUCGCAGUCCCGACUUUAUGCGUUUUGGACGCGCACAGAAGGAGAGACGUGACACCGAUAGAGAUUUUAUGCGCUUUGGACGACCAGACAACUUCAUGCGAUUCGGAAGGUCAUCCGGUAUGCCGACGGUUUCGCCGAAUUUCAUACGCUUCGGCAAGCUUGAUCCGAACUUCAUGCGAUUUGGCAAGCAUUUAGAUCACCAAGCGCAGGAGAAUACGAGUACGAAACCGCCAUUGCCCAAAGAGGUGAUCAAGGAAGCUGCAAAAAUUUUGAACCAAGCUGAACGAUUCGGUGGAGAAGGUGAAAGCAACCCUAUGGAUAGGGCUAUCAAGGUGCUUUUCGGAAAGGAGGGAGGACACAAGCUGUCGUCCGCGCAGCGUGAAAGGGCGGCGCAAAGUAAUGAAGACACUUCCAACGCCAACGAAGUGGAACCUGACUACGAGCUUAAUGUGUCGCAGUGAAGACAAUGAUUUUGAGUCUACUACUUCAACGCUCGAUUUGAUGACCAAUUGUAAAUAUUAAACUACUCCUUAGGAACUGAACUAAUGAACUGGCAUAGGAAAAACGGACACACAUACAUAGCUAAAACACACGUAGAUACGAGUUAUUAAGCAAACACACACACACAUACAAUUGCAGACACAUUUUAGAUAGGGUUUCACGUAUAUAUAUAUGUACAUACAUACCCCAACUAAGUAUGUGUCCAUAGGCAGAAAAAUGCCAACUGCAAACUGAUUUUAAAUUAGUUAUAAAUACAUACAUAUAUAUAUGUAAUCUACUAUAUAGUUAAUGAGUAUAUCAAAUGUGUUAGGGGUGAAUUUUUAUUAGGGCUGGAUUGAAAAUUCACUUCUUGGAAAAGUUCCUUACUUUUUAAAAUCAAAACAAUUAUGUAUACGAAUAUACUGCAAUGUGAAAUAUUAAUGUACAUA